CGUGUGCAGUGGGAGGGGCUUAAGUUUGGGGCUUGAAGAGGAGCAGCGUUUUUCCUCUGCGCUACAGGAGACUCACAUGGUUGGACGGUGUACCUCACGGACGCGCUCUCGGACCCGGUUAUCCUCCUCUCCGCGCGCACGUUGUGGAUUUCGGCGUUUUUCCUCCUUUGUUUCCCGACAGUUUGACCAUCUGCAGCCCGGAGCGCUGCGCUCACGCCGAUCCAAAAUGACUUUUACUAAGUGGCCACUCACCAAAGCUUAAGGGGGACCAAUCACCGCGCCCUACAAGUGCAUGCAGAGAAGCAGCCGUUAAUACAGAAGGGAUUCCUCCACUCCGUCUGAAGAGUCUGCUCACCACGUGGAAAGACCACUGGGAGUACAAGAAUACAGUCAAGGACGAGUUCAGCCUCUCCUCAAGUCUGCAGGAGGAUGGGAGGGAAAGACUAAAGCUUUGUGCAGCCAAGAGGAGCUUAAUGAAAUCCAAAGAAUCUUAAAGCAAAACGUCUGCAUUCGUGCUCUGUAAUCAAGCAGCCAUGUGCACGCUGGCUGUGACCAUCCACUGUCUUCUGGCUGCUGCUCUGCUGCUGGACUGCUGCCUCCAAUCAGUGGAUGCUAGUGAGGAUGACGCCACGCCCCGACUCAGUUUCCCUUACAAUGCGAAGGAGAGAUCAGCCAGGAGAUUCUCGGCGGACGGCGUCUUCAAUUACACCUCUUUGCUGCUCAGCCAGGAGGAUGACAUGCUCUACGUCGGAGCCAGGGAGGCCCUGUUUGCCCUCAGCCUCUCUGACAUCAGCAAGACCAAGCUGCAGAAGAAUCUGACGUGGACCACUCCUGCAGAGAAACGAGAAGAGUGCAGCUUUAAAGGCAAAAGUCUGGAGACUGAUUGCUUCAAUUAUAUAAAAAUUCUCCUGCGGCUGAACAGCACUCAUCUCUAUGUGUGUGGCACCUACGCCUUCAGUCCUGUCUGCGCCUACAUAAACACAUCAACUUUCACGCUGGAGCGGGACGAGGCGGGCGAGGUGAUGAUGGAAGACGGGCGCAGUCGCUCCCCUUACAACCCCGAGUACAAAUCCACUGCCAUCCUUGUGGAUGGGGAGCUGUACACCGGCACUGCCAGCAACUUCCAAGGGAACGAGCCAGUUAUCUUCAAAAGUUUGGGUCAGGGAACUUCCCUGAAAACGGAUUACUCUUUAAAAUGGUUGCAAGAUCCAGUCUUCGUCGGGUCAUCUUACAUCGAAGAGAGCCAGCCCGCGGGUAACCCUGUGAGCGACGACGACAAGAUCUACUUCUUCUUUAGCGAGGCUGGGAAGGAGUUUGACUUCUUUGACAACACCAUUGUGUCGAGGAUCGCUCGCGUGUGUAAGGGUGAUAAGGGUGGAGAGCGAGUGCUGCAGAAGAAGUGGACCACCUUCCUGAAGGCUCAGCUUCUGUGUUCGCUCCCCGACGACGGCUUUCCCUUCAACAUCAUUCAGGACAUGUUUGUCCUAAAGCCGGUGGGAGACAGCUGGGAGAGCACCGUCUUCUACGGGGUCUUCACCUCUCAGUGGUACAAAGGCGCUUCUGGCAGUUCUGCAGUGUGUGCUUUUAGCAUGGCACAGGUGGAGAGAGCCUUCAGCGGCCGCUAUCGCGAAGUCAACAGAGAGACCCAGCAGUGGUACACCUACAACUACCCAGUACCAGAACCUCGACCCGGAGCGUGCGUGACCAACCAUGCCAGGCAGCUGGGUAUUAAGUCGUCUUUGGACAUGCCUGAUAAAGUGCUCAACUUUGUCAAGGACCAUUUCCUGAUGGACAGCGUGAUCCGAAGCUCUCCUCUGCUGCUCAAACGGAACGUGCACUACACCCAGAUCGCCGUGCACAAGAUCCAGGGCAUGGAAAGAGCGUACGACGUGCUCUUCAUCGGGACAGAUGAUGGGAAGCUCCACAAGGCCAUCAAUGCUAAUGAUAAGAUGCACAUCAUAGAGGAGAUGAUUCUGUUUGCUGAGCCACAGCCUGUGCAGCACAUCGAACUGGAUCCUCAACGGGGGCUGCUGUUCGUGUCCUCGUACUCUGGGCUGGUGGAGGUUCCUGUUGCCAACUGCUCCAACUACCUGAGCUGUGGAGAGUGCGUGCUGUCCAGGGAUCCGUACUGCGCCUGGACCGGCCGGCUGUGCCGAGACGUCAGGAUGGCGCCACCUGACAGCCACUGGCAGCAGGACGUGGAGGAGGCAGACACAGCAGCCAUUUGUAACAGGACCGUUCCCAGCCCCAGAUCCUCCAGACCAGCAGCUUCCCGAGGCUCCCGUUGCAAGCUGGUCACAGUUCCAGCCAACACCUUCAAAGUCCUGCCCUGUAAACUGCGGUCCAAUUUGGCCCAGAGGAGGUGGCGCUACAGCGACAGCGCCAGCCAGCUGUUUUAUGCCACGCCAGAGGGAAACCUGGUGGUGGUUGCUCAGUCCGAGAAGAUGGAGACCUACGAGUGCUGGUCAGAGGAAGAGGGCUUCCGACAACUUUUGGCCAACUACUGCGUGAUUGCAGAGCCUCGCCUAGAAAGCACAACGCCCUUAGGUCACUCGCGCACGCCCCACUUCACCCAGGAGGAAACCAUCAUCCUCCCCGGCGAGUCUCGCUCCGAGCCACUCCACGCAAAGACCUACUGGAACGAGCUGAUCGUGGUGUGUGCCCUCUUGGCGUUCUUCCUGGUCUUGUUCUCCUUGUGCGUCGUCUACAGGAACCGGGAUCACAUGAAGUCCAUGCUGAAGCAGGGCGAGUGCCCCAACAUGCAGCAGAAGAAGCCGAGGAUAGUGGUGAAGCCCACAGAGAGCUUACCGCUCAACGGGAACACCAUUCCCGUUUCCACAUCGGAUCACAAGGGCUACCAGACUUUAAAUGACAACUACAUCUGCAGCACGCCCACGCACGAGUCCUCCCCGGACAACAGCAAGAGCUUCUCGGAGUCCUCCGAAAGGCGGCCUCUGAACCUGAAGGAGAGCCACGUGGAGUACUCGCCGACCUGUCCUCGGCCCAGAGUCCGGCUGGGCUCGGAGAUCAAAGACUCAAUUGUAUGAGAGCAAGACAAUGACUAAACGGUGACACUCUGCGCCUCCACGGAGGGAACGAGCUCCAGGCUGAGGAGGACACACAUCCUGCUACAUUUGUUUUUCCUGGUCAUCUCAGUUCUGUGAUGGUCUGAGGGUCACUUCCUAAAACCAGAGUCUGAUGCAGGAACAGGAGGAACCACAACAACGUCAGCUCGACCUCCAGGAGGAAAUCCAACCAUCUUCAUCUUGAAUGUGUGUGUCUGUGCGAUCAAGGGCUGGCAGGAGUGAAUAAAAACCGGAAGCAUCCCUCACCACACUUCUCCUUACAUCAAUAAAUCAUUCAUUUUAGAUUUUAUACAAUGAUAGCACAAAAUAAAGAAUCCAAGGUAUUACUAGUUCCCCCUCGCUGAGUAGAAGUAUUCUUGCACAAUUCCUGCAGAAGGUGACUUCUGUGUAUGCACACGAGAGCUGAGCUGCAGGUAUGUGUCGAGUUCAGGUGAACGUCGUGCAUCUUCAUUAUGACUGAGAACACAAAAAUGGAUGCAGGUCAAGCGCACAUUUGUUCCUCGUAAAUGCAAGAAGACUGAGUGAACGCGCAGGAGCCUGCUGAUGGAAGAUGGAUGAGAGCAGAUCACUGGCUGAGACCACUAACGAUGCUCCGACGGCGAAGUGGAGGGAGCACACGUUGUUCUGUGUUGGUUCGACAUAUUAACCUGCAUGUGCCACGAUGGGUUAAUGAACUGAGACACAGAUGAACCUUUUUCUUUUCCAAAAAAAGACAUAGGGGGUGGAAAAAUGGAGACUUUCACACGUCUUAUUCAGGGUAACAUCUGUGUCAUCUUGUGUAAUGUGCCAAAAAAAAAAAAAAAUAGAAACGACUGAAUUGUCUUAACUAAAUGCAAUAGUACCAUCUCCUGCUUUCGUUUGGCAUCGAUUACUGUCAUGGCGAUAGACCCAGCUUUGGGUUUCACUGAGCGUUUGGUGGCACUAAUAAUAAAUAAAAUGUGAUGUUCAAAGUCGAGGAACUUCUUUCAAGACUGUUAGCUCACAGCAAAGAAUGUUUUGGGCGAAAAUAAUGUUGAUGUAAAAAUUCUGGGGCCAAAGGGCAUGGCGUGACAUGCGGUUUUUCAAUAUUCUGAUUGUCUUUCUGCCUUCUUCCUGACGUGUUUAAGUGCAACUACUCAGACGGCUGAGCUCGACGGGCUCAAGCUUAUUAGACAAAGUGCAAAUAAGCUUUUUGGACAAAGUCGUGUUGGAGAUCAAACUACAACAUCACAAACCCCCAAAGGAUUGCAUCUACAGGGCAUUCGCUGUGUGUGGAAGGCCGAUGGGAUGCUAAUUUGAAAGCACAAUGAAUCAGGGUUACAUGUUAGCUCAUUUUAGUUCAUUCCAGAAACAUCAAGCUUUUCACCAGAAGUUUCCAGAAGCGUUUGAAAACCGAAUCAACUAACAGUAUAUAUCCAGAAUGGCACAAAAUCAAUAUUUUAGAACUCUGGUGACGAGAUGCUAUGUUGACAAAGUAUUUGCACAGCAUUAUAGUGGUCAGUGUUUCAUAUUUUUCCAGAGUUUCUGCUGUGUACAUACAAAUCUGUAAUUAAUAUUGUGUGUUUUAAGGGACCUUGUGCAAGAUGUGUCGUAGAAGUAGUCAUGAAAGUAAAGAGUGAACACUGCUGAUCA